UUUGUAUCUUCAAUGACUUUGCAUUUUUUGACUUCCCUUAGGGUCUGUGUAGGGAUGAGAAAUGUAGUGCUUCUCUGAAAUAUUUGGUUCAGUUUUCACAGUCCUCAGGACAGGUGGUAGCCCGCCUUAAGGGAGAGAAUGCCUAGUCUGGGCAGCCACAUUGAAGGGUUGGAAUGCAGGUUCUUUUCCACAUGAGGACAUGCCUCUGUUUCUAGAGGAAAGAUCGAAAUAAGUUGUUUACAUUUUUCUGAACUUCAAAUAGUGUCAGAAUACAUACUGAAGCACACACAGUAAAGGGCAAAAGAUAUCAUCCAAGAUUUUUCUAGAAUUUUGACUUUUUUGUCUUCUACUGGUUGAGGAUUUUUUUUCUCACUCUGCCAUAUCACAGCUCAGGUUGCCCAAUUACACAGAGAUAAGGAGGAAAGAUUUCCAAAGCCCGACAGAAGAGGGGAGCAAUCUGAAAACACCUCUCUUGUCAUGUGAAUGGGAGUGAACAUGCACAGACAUUCAGUCACUCUAUCGACUGGCCUCAAGCCUUUGGCACUUUCAUAAGGUUUUUUUUGUGUGGUUGCAAUCUGUUCUUUUUGCCCUGUGUCCCUCCUGCGCCUAGUUUUUCUUCACUGCUGUUGUCUAAUGUUCUAUGCCUGGGAUCCUAAAUAUUUGAAAUGCCAUUUUGAGCCAUCUCAUUUUUAAAAAAGAGAGAGAGAUUGCCACAUUGUGCCACAUAAUUGACUCAAGUACAAAAAAAUAGACUCAGUCUUAGUCAUGUAAAGAUGGUGCCUGCCACCUCCAUGCUCAGAGUGCGUGUCAUCAUCUCCCUGCUCCUCUUAAUCGCUGCCCCACUUAACACUGCGGCAGCCAGCAUCACAGACCCCCCCAGGCUCGAGCAACGGCCCCAGCCAGGGCUGCCUUCCGCUGUCCCCGCCAGUGGCGGCAGGCAAACGGCGAGCCUGGCAUGGCCCACCCAGAGCAGCAGCCCAAGGCCCAAGGCGCGGCCACCCAUGCCAAACAGCAAGCGAAAACCCGCGCUCAGGGGUCUGGAGACUCCGCCGAGGCCUCUGCCGCAGGUCAUGGCUCCCCUGAACGCCACCCAGUAUCACCGUGCCGCCCAGAUGCAGCCCCCGCUGGAGGCGGACCUGUGCCGGGGCUACUACGACGUCAUGGGCCAAUUUGACAGCACCUUCAACUGCACAAAAGACGACUUCAUCUACUGCUGCGGCACGUGCCACUACCGCUUCUGCUGCAACGACCUCAACCGGCGCCUGAACCAGGACGGGUGCAACAACUACAUCUCGCCACUCUGGGCCAAAGUGUCCACCACCCCUCCGACGGUCCCCGACCCGGGCCCGGGCCCGGGCUCCAUCCGGCUGCAGCAGCAGGGGAACAACACGGUCUACGUGAUAGGAGGAGUCAUCUCCUUCACUGUGGCUGUGGCUGUGGCCAUCAAGGUGGCCUUCCACAAGUCGUCACGACAACCCAGAAACAACGAGCUCAACAUGCCAAGGGCACUGGUGGACAUGCUCCGCCACCAAUCCAGCCCUGUUGAACAGGGAGAGAGGAACAACAGUGUGACCAUCCCCAGCUCCGACGGGGGAGGAGGAGGAGGAGGAGGAGGAGGCACCCUGGGCCGCCCACCCAAAAAUCUGUAUCCAACUCUGCAGAAAGAUAACAGGCUGGGUAACUUGCAGCACAAUUUCAUCCAUACGUCAGGAACCAGUCCAAAACAUACAGCUACUAUCGAGAGAGCCCCACGUAUGAACAACAUGCAGAUCGCCACGGGAGGCACCCUGAAGCCAACCAAACACACCAACGCCAUGAUUUCCCAGCCCUCCUUCCACCAGUCCCUGCACAACCUCGCUCACCUUCCACCAUCUUACGAGUCCGCCAUGAAGCCGGAGAUGAACAGAUACAACUCCCUCAAACGUCUGGAGAAAGGUGGUCUGGAGGACUACUCUGGAUAUUGCACCACUAAACGGCGGCCCAACAACGUCCCGGCACCGGCGUUCCACUCCUCGCAGAGUCACCUGCAGCACUGGGGAGGCGACUACAGCACCCUAAGCGGUCGAGGCACCCUGCCCAACAGGCCCCGCAGGCACCCCCAGUCGGCCCCGACGCCCACGCCCAACCCGUACCCUCUUCCCCUCGCGCCGCGGCAGGAGUACCAGUACAACUACAACUACGAGACCCUGACCAAGCCGCCGAGGCGGGUCCAGUCCACGGAUCAGCUGCUGGCGUUGGCCGAUGGCACCACCACUCUGUCCCGGAUGCCCAAGAACCAGCAGCACCAGUACUACAAAGCCAUGGCAGCGGCGGCCAACACACAGGGACAGGGACACACAGGGACGAUCCAGCGGCCAUCCUCGUCAAAGAACUCUAACGCUCACACGGGGACAAUCCAGCGGCCAUCCUCGUCAAAGACCUCCAACGCUCACACGGGGACAAUCCAGCGGCCAUCCUCAUCAAAGACCUCCAACGCUCAAUACAACACCUUGAGGAAAACCAAUGACAGGAUGCUGAUGUCACCCGACCACCUGGAGGAGAGCCUGGGCCAGGGAGGGAUGGGCGAUUACGGGGGAGGGAUGGGCAUGCCUGGGCAUGAGUAUGGUGGCGGUGUUGGGGGCAUGCCAGGGUCUGACUAUGGGGGAGGUGGCGGCGGCGGUGGUGGAGGAGGGAUGGGUGACUAUGGAGGAAGUGGCACAGGGGUGCCCACUCUGCCCCGCCAGAAGGCCCAGUCGCAGCAAAACGUGUGCGCGACGCCCUCUCUCGACCGGCACCACAUGAUCAAGAUGAACUCCCACCCGACCUCGGGCAGGGAACAGGAGCGACCCCCGACCGCCAAGUCGGCGCACGUGGGGGGUAGCGCAGGAGCAGGGGUGGGGUGGGGGGACAUGCCAGGCACAGGGGUGGUGAUGGGGACAGGGACGUUAGGGGGCCACAGUGCCAGGAGGUUAGCGUUUGCCGCCAAAAGACAGAAUACUAUAGAGCAGUUACACUUCAUCCCUGGAGGGGGCGGUAGCGGGGGUGGGGUGGCUGGGUCAGGAACUCAGGGAGUCAGAACUGGAAAUAAAGUGAGUAAUGAGGUGACUGUGUAAAAACUAUGAAAGAUUGUAACUAUAGCCAUCCAUAGAGGAUGAAAAGUAAAGGCUUAUCAAGAUGAAAGUGUAAAUAAUAUGGUUACAAGCAGACCACAGAGUGGUCAUAUUUCAUUUAGAUUUCCAUGGUAACGUCUGAAGAAAAUAGAAAAAUACUUUAUACUUAUAUCAGUGCAUAUUUGUUUGUUUGUCAGACUUGAAUUAGCUUGCUCGACAUGGGGGUGUCUCAUGACCCAUUGAGUUGAAAAAAAUCUAUUGGAGACACCACAAAGUCUAUGGGACAACAUUCAGUUUACAGGCAUUUUUUUAAAUACAAUAUUUGUUACAAUGUAUUGCUUUGAUGUUUGAAGUAAACAUUUUGAGCCAUAACAUUUGGAGAAGGACAUAUGGGAAAUUAAAAUCUGCGAUGGAAGGUGACAUGGAAACUGU